AUGAACAUUUCUGUAAAGAAAAGAUGGGAAAUCGUCUUUUUAUCAAGACAUGAACAUGGUCCACAUAUGUCAAAUGUUAAUAUUUCACAAUAUUUACGAAUUAGUGAGUCAACUGUAAGAUAUUGGCUGGAAAGAUACGAAACAACUGGUGAUAUAGAAAUUAUACAAAAAUCUGGUCGUAAACGGUCUACAACAGAAAAACAAGAUGAUACAAUUCAAUCGAUGAUAGCUCAGCAUCCAACCGAAUCUACACGUCAAAUUGCAGUUAGAUUAUCAAAGAAAGGUGUAAAAAUUAGCAAAACAACAUUAAGAAGAAGAUUUAAAGAGGCUGGUCUGCAAUUAAUGAAACCAACUUCCAAGCCAUUGCUAACAGCUGACCAUAUUAAGAAAAGACUUGAAUGGACAAUACAACAUCAAGAUGUUGACUGGAAUCAAGUUAUAUUUACAGAUGAAAGUUCAUUUCAUAUGAAACAAGUUAUAAGACGUGUAUGGAAAAAACGUGGCGAAAAAUAUUAUGUAUCAACAGUGAAGCAUCCUGUCAAAAUUCACGUGUGGGGCUGUUUUAGCAAACAUGGAUUCGGAAAACUGGUAUUAUUUAGAAAAACAUUAAACUCAGAGUUUAUGUGUAAAAUUUACAAGAAUGAUCUUCUGCCAUCAGCAAAAAAUGGUUUGGUGAUAAUAACUAUAACUGGAAACUUUUAG